CUAGAAGUGGUGGUGUGGUUAUCUUAAAAUACCAUAUUUCCCUUUUCCUUUUCCUAUCAAACAAUUACUACACAAAUAUCUCAAAAAAGAUGAAAACUACCAAACUUCCCAUCAAUGUCCAAAUAUCUAUAGAGAAGUACAAAAGCUAAGAAAUAGCCAAUUCUUGAAGUCAACAAUGAGAAGCAUUAACUGCAAAAAACACCAUUGUUACCAAUAUUGCUUCUUCUCACUUCUAAUUUCACAAAUUCUUCUACCAAAUCUUGCAUUACCAACUGAUACAAUUACCAUUACAAAUCCCCUUACCAUAAACCAAACCUUAGUAUCUAAAGAAAAAAAGUUCAAAUUAGGUUUCUUUACUCCAGGUGGUUCAAAUUCAGGCAAAUCGUAUGUUGGAAUAUGGUACAAUGAAAUUCAAGAUUCAACUAUUGUUUGGGUUGGUAAUAGAAACAACCCUGUAACAAAUUCAUCAUCUCAUGUUUUAAAAAUUAGCCAAAAUGGAAAUAUUGUUCUAGUUGAUGGAGCUGGAAAUUCUAUUUGGUCAGCAAAUCAAGAAUCUCAGUCUACGGCGAAAAACACAGUAAUUGCUCAGCUUCUUGAUUCUGGAAACCUUGUUGUUCGAUAUGAAAAUGAUGAAAAUGAAGAGAACUAUUUAUGGCAAAGUUUUGAUUAUCCUACGGAUACUUUAUUACCUGGGAUGAAACUUGGAUGGGAUUUGAAAAGUGGGCUAAAUAGGAAUAUAACAUCAUGGAAAUCUCCAUUUGAUCCAGCUCCUGGAGAUUAUACAUUUAAACUUGAUAUAAAUGGAUUGCCAGAAGCUUUUUUGACAAAUAAAGAUGAUAUUUUCUAUAGGAGUGGACCUUGGAAUGGAGUUGGAUUUAGUGGUGUUCCUGAAAUGAAACCAACUGAGAUUAUGGCAUUCGAGUUUCAAAUGAGCAAAGAUCAAGUUUACUACACAUUUCAGAUACUUGAUAAAGAAAUAUGUUCAAGAUUGUUGGUGAAGCAUAAUGGUGUUUUAGAGAGGUAUACUUGGAUUUCGACUAGUAAUAUUUGGAACAGGUUCUGGUACGCACCAAAAGACCAAUGUGAUUUUUACGAAGAGUGUGGGGUAUCAGGAAUUUGUAACGCGAAUCUUUCGCCAGUAUGCAAAUGUCUAGUGGGAUACAAGCCUAAAAAUCAAGUGGCAUGGGAUUUAAGAGAUGGAUCAGAUGGAUGUGUUAGAUAUCAUGAUUUAGACUGCGAAACUGAUGUUUUCAACACAUUAAAGAACAUGAAAUUGCCAGAAACUUCAAGUUCGUUUGUGGAUACGAAGAUGAAUUUGGAUGAAUGUGAAAAAAAGUGUAGGUACAACUGUUCUUGCACGGCGUACACUAGGUCGAAUAUUACUGGGGCUGGUUCUGGUUGUGUCAUUUGGACAACUGAACUUGUUGACAUGAGGCAAUAUUCAGCGGCGGAAGGUGGCCAAGUUCUCUACGUUAGAGUUGCUUCUUCUGACGCAGGUAUGUUCCCGUUCACUUUUUACUUGUUUAUUUUGGACUUUUCGCUCCCCUUAAUAGACUUUUCACGUCACUUAAUAAAUACUAAUAAAUAUAGUAUUUAUUUUACCAUACUAAUCCCUAAUAAUAAUAGCCUUUCAAAAGGUUUUGGAAAAUAAGUUUGAAAAUG